AUGGAGUGCAAGCUUCCACACACCCUGACAGCGCAGGAUGUGCUUGCCUGCUACAAUGUGAAACUCGAAGAAGGCCUCUCGAGCAGCCAGGUUCUGCAGCAGCGCAUUCGCUUUGGACUAAACAAAUUGGCUGAAGAGGAGAAGAAGCCUCUAUGGAAGCUGAUUGUUGCUCAAUUCGAGGAUUUGUUGGUUCGGAUCUUGCUGCUAUCAGCCGUGGUGUCCUUUUUCUUGGCAUACAUCGAUGGAACCAGUGAGGAAGGCAUCACAGCCUUUGUAGAGCCGUUGGUGAUUCUCUUGAUCCUCAUUGCCAAUGCCAUUGUUGGCGUGUGGCAAGAAACCAACGCAGAAAAAGCCUUGGUGGCGCUCAAGAGGUUGCAACCUGACAGCGCCCUCGUGUUGCGAGAAGGUCGUUGGCAGCAGCUGAAUGCUGAAGACCUGGUCCCCGGAGAUUUGGUGCAGGUGAAGGUGGGGGACAAAGUUCCCGCAGAUAUGCGCCUGGUGGAGUUGCAUUCCUCCAUGAUCCGGGUUGAACAGUCUCAACUCACUGGCGAGUCGCAGAGCGUGUCCAAAGAGUUGGCACCACAGGAGGAGCAGAGCGUGAUCCAAGCGAAGGUGAACAUGCUCUUUUCGUCAACGACGAUUUCAAACGGCUCGUGCGUCGGUGUGGUGACUUCCACGGGGAUGGAGACAGAGAUUGGAGCCAUCCAGGAUGCUGUUCAAUCGGCCGCUGAAGAUGAGGAGCAGACCCCCCUCCAGCAGAAAUUGGAUGAUUUUGGCAACCUUUUGGCCAAGGUCAUUUUCGCCAUUUGUGCACUGGUUUGGGCCAUUAACUACAAACACUUCUUUGAUCCUGUUCAUGGCUCUGUCAUUCGAGGAUGCAUCUACUACUUCAAGAUAGCAGUGGCACUGGCGGUGGCUGCCAUCCCAGAGGGACUGCCUGCGGUGAUCACUACCUGUUUGGCACUAGGUACCUCUGAGAUGGCCAAGAAGAACGCCAUCGUCAGAAAGUUGCCGUCUGUAGAAACACUGGGUUGCACCACCAUCAUUUGCUCCGACAAGACUGGGACCCUCACCACCAAUGAAAUGUGCUGCACGAAACUGGUUCUGCCAACCUCAGGCAACAAUUUGGAGGCAUACACCGUUGAGGGGCACACCUACGCACCCCUUGGGGUUGUAAAUGGCCUUUGCUUCAACGAGUGGCAUCCACAACUGCAGUUCCUGGCAAAGAUCCUGGUGAAUUGCAAUGAUGCCAGGCUGGAAGUGGAGGCCAACAGCUAUCGCCGAAUUGGCGAACCCACCGAGGCAGCUCUGUUGGUCCUAGCUGAGAAACUGGGCUGCCCCGACCAGGAGCUUCAACGGCGGUUUUGGCAAACGUCUCGGACUUCUACAGACGCCAUGGCUUUCUGCCAGUACUGGUCCUCUCGCAUCCAGAAGCUUGCGACCCUGGAAUUCACGAGGGAUCGCAAGUCCAUGAGUGUCCUUUGUAUCGACCCGGAGGUGACUGGCCCGGUUCUGUACGUCAAAGGAGCACCAGAAAGCAUUUUGGAGAGAUGCAGCCGCAUUCUGCUGCCAAGUGGAGUCGAAUUCUUGACUGAAGCAGGGCGUCAGGCCAUCCAAGCUCAUCUUCGAGAUUUGGGUUCAGAGGCACUUCGCCCUCUGGCCUUGGCUAUGAAAGAUGGUCUGGACCAGUCGAAAGAAGAGCUGCAAGACUUGAAUGAUCCGAGCAAAUUCCUGAAGGUGGAGACAGACUUAACUUUUGUCGCUUUGAUUGGCAUCAUUGAUCCACCACGGCCAGAGUGUUUGCAGGCCAUCAAGGAGUGCCGAAUCGCCGGUAUCAGUGUUGUGAUGAUCACUGGAGACAACAAGAUCACUGCAGAAGCCAUCGCUCGGAAGCUUGGGAUUCUCACGGGCACCGGCAGUUUGGUUCAGAAGUCUUUCACUGGAAAAGAGUUCGAGAUGCUGUCAGACGCAGACAAAUUUAAGGUAUUGCAGCGCAUUGCCUCUGAGCGAGAUAUCGAGGGUGCUGUCUUUUCUCGCACCGAACCCAAACACAAACAAACGAUCGUGAAGAUACUGAAGCAGAUUGGCGAAAUCACUGCAAUGACUGGCGAUGGUGUCAAUGAUGCGCCCGCACUGAAGCAAGCGGACAUUGGCAUUGCGAUGGGGCUAACGGGCACUGAAGUGGCCAAAGAAGCAUCUGAUAUGGUUCUGGCGGACGACAACUUUGCCACAAUUGUCGCCGCCGUGGAGGAGGGGAGGUCAAUUUACAACAACAUGAAGGCUUUCAUCCGGUACCUCAUUUCAUCGAAUAUCGGUGAGGUGGCGUCCAUUUUCUUCACUGCUGCUCUGGGAAUUCCCGAGGGCUUGGCACCAGUGCAACUACUUUGGGUGAAUCUGGUCACGGAUGGGUUGCCUGCCACGGCACUGAGCUUCAAUCCACCCGACCUGGAUGUCAUGUGCAAACCACCCAGGAGGAAAGACGACAAUCUUAUUUCUGGUUGGGUAUUUUUCCGCUACAUGGUUAUUGGGCUUUAUGUCGGUGUGGCGACCGUGGGCAUUUUCAUAUACUGGUACUGCUUCGAUGAAGGUACUGAUGGUCACAGCUUGGUCACCUUCGGGCAACUGAUGACCUGGGGCAGUUGCCAUGAGUGGAGCGGCUUCAGAGUCCGGCCCUUUAUUGGUUUGAGGUUUCAAGAUCCUUGCACCUACUUCACUGUAGGAAAAGUGAAGGCAUCCACGCUGUCCCUCACUGUCCUUGUGAUCAUAGAGAUGCUCAACGCCUUCAACGCUGUUUCUGAGGAUGGUUCAUUGUUGCAAAUGGCCCCUUGGGUAAAUCCCUGGCUUGUGGCGGCCUGUAUGGGCUCUGUUGUUGUCCACUUUGUCAUUCUGUAUACUCCUUUCCUGGCAAAAGUGUUUGCCGUUUGCCCAUUGGACUGGCAUGAUUGGGUGCUGGUGAUGACGUUCUCGUUCCCCGUGAUUUUGCUCGACGAAGUCCUGAAAUUCUUCGGGCGCCAAUACCAAAGACACAAUGACGCGGCAGCGAAGAGCGAUUGA